AAAUUCCGACACCUCUCUCCCUCUGUCUCUCUUUCACUCACUCUGUCACUCGCUCGCUCGUGCUUUCCGCACGUUUCUCACUUUGGGAGAUUCCAGUCUCUCUCUCUUUAAAAUCAUCUCCGAAUUUCCAGACCUCAAGCUAGGGACUCCAAACUUCGUAAUGCGAUUUGGUGAAGUUUCGGAUCGAGGAGCUUCGUUUCCGCCCCGACUUUGUGUCAGCUGAAAUUUUUUGCAUUUGUUUCUUGCUGAAGACUCGCUCAGAGAACUGAUUGACGUUCCUGCUUCAGUCACAUGCAUGAACAAAUUUAUGCAAUUUGUUUAAAAUUUGAGCUCAACCUGCAUUUUCCUUGAUCGAAGCUUCGAUUUGCUUUGUUUUGUGAGACGACCUUUGAAAUAUGCAUCGUUUGUGCUGGAUAUGUAAAGAUUGAACUUUGUCUACAUUUUUUGAUAUUGCAUAAUUUGAGCUAAUGUUUAAUUUAAACUCUAUGUGCGGUUUGGAUCUGCUUCAUUGUUGAAAAAUGUUUUACAUUUGUGUAAUUGGAGCUGAAUAUGCUUAUUUGAGCUUUAUGAAGGUUUAAGUACAGUUAUUUGUGGAAAGUGUGUCAUAUUUUAUAAUCGGAACCAUAGGUAGAUUUUGCAUCUGGUUUGAGUGGAGAAGAAGAAGAGUGAUGAUAGAGUAAAUGGCGCUUAAGGCUCCAGCUCCCAAAGCUGUUGAAAUAGCAAUCGGGUCGAUCGGGCGUGGAUAUGAUAUAUCAGAAGAUAUAAGACUCAAGUAUUGCAAAGGAGAUUCGAGGCAUUCACCGUUGAUUGAGAUCGACGGAGAUGGGGGCAGUGAGAUUGUUUUGCCUGGUGGAGUUUUGAUCCCAAACGUUUCCAAAUCGAUAAAAUGUGAUAAAGGGGAACGCACACGGUUCCGGUCCGACGUCCUCUCUUUCCAACAGAUGUCAGAACAGUUCAACCAGGAAGUAAAUUUGACUGGAAAAAUUCCUUCAGGCUUCUUCAAUGCCAUGUUUGAAUUCUCGGGUUGUUGGCAGAAAGAUGCAGCCAACACUAAGACCCUUGCUUUUGAUGGGGUGUUCAUCACGCUCUACACAGUUGCACUGGAGAAAUCUCAGCUGGUACUCUGUGAUCAUGUUAAGAAAGCUGUCCCACCAUCGUGGGAACCUGCUGCCCUGGCAAGGUUUAUUUACACAUUUGGUACCCAUAUUAUUGUUGGUGUAAAGAUGGGAGGGAAGGAUGUAAUAUACGUGAAGCAGCAGCAUUCAUCAACUCUUCAACCUGCUGAUGUACAAAAAAGAUUGAAGGAGAUGGCAGAUAAAAGGUUUUUAAAUGUCAAUGGACAAAAUGGCAUGGCUUCUGAACGAGUUUACAAGAGUGAAAAGGUUGAAAUCAGGGAGCAGCGGCUGAGGUUUGCAGAUAUCAGUCCAUCAAGUAAUUCACACAAGGAGGAUAUUCUAAGCAUUUACAAGAGGAGAGGUGGAAGUGAUAGUAGACACCUAUCUCAUGAUGAGUGGUUACAAACUGUCCAGUCCGAGCCUGAUGCGAUCUCAAUGUCAUUCGUCCCAGUCACCUCUUUGUUGAAUGGAGUCCCCGGGAGUGGAUUCUUGAGCCAUGCCAUAAAUCUUUAUUUACGAUAUAAACCUCCAAUUGAAGAGCUCCACCAGUUUUUAGAAUUUCAACUGCCAAGGCAAUGGGCACCUGUGUUCAGUGACCUUCCACUUGGUCCACAAAGGAAACAGAAAAGCAGCCCAUCUUUGCAAUUUAGCUUAAUGGGACCCAAGCUUUAUGUGAACACCACACCAGUUGAUGUUGGUAAGAAGCCAGUGACUGGUCUCCGGCUUUAUCUAGAAGGUAAAAGUAGUAACCUCCUGGCUAUCCACUUACAGCACCUCUCAUCUCUUCCCAAAAUCAUCCAACUCGUGGAUGAUCCAAGUGGUGACUUCUGCCAAGAGUCCUUUAAUCGUAGAUACUAUGAGAAAGUUCAAUGGAAGAGCUUCUCUCAUGUCUGCACUGCUCCGAUGGAGUCUGAUGAGGAUCUGUCAAUAGUAACUGGAGCCCAAUUACAGGUUGAAAACCAUGGCUUUAAAAACAUUCUUUUCUUGAGACUCCGCUUCUCAACAGUCUUGGGAGCUAUGAUUGUGAAACAUCCCGAGUGGGAUGGAUCUCCAGGGUUAGCUCCAAAGUCGGGACUUAUAUCAACACUGAUCAGCCAUCAUUUCACAACGGUUCAGAAGGCACCUCCGCGACCAGCCGAUGUGAACAUAAACUCUGCUGUUUACCCUGGAGGCCCUCCGGUGCCUGUCCAAGCGCCUAAACUUCUGAAAUUUGUUGAUACAACAGAAAUGGUGAGGGGGCCGCAAGAAAGUCCAGGUUAUUGGGUUGUGUCGGGGGCUAGGCUUGUGGUUGAGAAGGGCAGGAUUUCUCUCCGGGUUAAGUAUUCUCUAGUGACUGUAAUAUUACCUGACGAAGAAGCCGUACAGGAUCCAUAGUAAACAAGAAAAAAUUAUAAGAAGGUGGGAGUUUCGUUGAAGCAUGGUAGCACUCCAUCUAUGUCAUGUGGAUGGGGUUGCUAAAAUGGAGGGACAAAACACAGAAGUUAAAAGUCAACCAACUAUGUGAACGAGAGAGAUGCCUUUUUUGUUAUUAUUUAUGCCCGGGUUGGUGGUGAAGUCGAACGAACGAUCUGUUGUUUAACUUUAAAGUUUAAACCAGCGUCCGGAAAGAAAGAAAGCUAACCAUUUUGCCGC